AGACAGAGAGAGAAAACAUAAUGAUGCCAAGGAGUAACUUGCAGUGUUCUUGGAAACCAAGGCUUCCCUCCCUGAAGUUGGCUGAGGCUUUGAUGAUGUGGUUCUUUUUCCACUCCGUCACAAGUGUUGCUCCUCUUAUCCAGAUCACAGGGGAGGUUGGUGGGAGAGUGACAUUCUUCUGCCCCUCUCACAAAGACAAAAUGCUGACUCUGUUCUACCUUCAGAAGGGCACCACCUUUGUAAACGGAUACCAUAAUGUCAGAGAUGCAGAACUGUACAGAGCUAUUCCACAUUCGCAUGUGAACCACACUGAGAGGACGGUGGAUAUGUGGGCACUGAAAGUCUCAGACAGUGGAGAGUACUCCUGUCAUGUCCAAUACAGUGACAGCAUGAAAUUGGAUGAGACUCGCAUACACCUCAGUGUCACAGCCAACUACAGCACACCAACGCUAUCGGUGCUCUGUGACAGCGACAGCUCUAGUUGCCAGGUAACGUGUGCUUCAUAUGGCGGCUACCCGAGCAGCGAGGUGAUGUGGAACAGCUCCACCAAUGCCAACAGUCAGUGGUGGACGCCAGGGAACAGCAGUGAGGAGGCUGACCCCGACUCCAUGCUGAUCAACAGCUCCAGCACUGUGAUCGUCAACUGCUCUGGACCGCUGCAGACCCUCAACUGCUCUGUGGGGGGCUUCACCUCAGACAAUCUCACAGUCUGUGAGCGCAAGAUUCCACCUGCGUUGCAUGCGCCUUACUGGAUAGCAACUGGCUGUGUAGUGUUUGUCUCUGCUGUUGUUGUAAUCCUGCUGCUGUGGAGAUGCAGAAAACCCAAAACCAUAAGCGCAGUGGCAGCUAUGACUCCAGAUGAGAUAAUUGUUCUCAAAGGAGAAAACGAAGGAUAGAGGGGAUCCAGAAUGCUACACCGAUGGAGAAGAGUGUGGAAUCGUCCCGCUGAUGGGACCAAAAAAUUCAGCAUCACCUCACUUAAGUGGGCAUUGCUUUUUUGACUGACUGGCUUGCAGUGGGCCAGGGUGAGUCAGUGUCUGCUACAAUGUGCAGCUCGACGGGGAGAGCAUGGUUCAGAUGUUUCCACUGUUAUGGGUGCCAGGGCCCCACACAAACUUAACAUUUGAAAUUGUUAAGUGUUUUAUGAAACACUGACAAGCCUCCCUUGAAUGUCUAGUUUCCCCAUUCCCCCCAAACUACUUCUUUCUAUUUUUUUUGUUUUGUUUGUUUGUUUGUUGUUUUAGUCAGCAGUGUCAUGAAGACUUCACUAAAAUUUAGUGUCUUACUGCACUUUAACAUUUGUCAUGGACACUUUUUUGAAGUAGCUCAGUCUGGAGGAAAUAUUUUUCUUAUUUUCUAUUUUCAACUUACUGAGCGUACUCUUACCGGAGUGAUGAAUAAUCGGUGUGACCCUGGGGAGGACAGUCAACAGUAUUCAUUUGUUUUUGUUAUGAAAAGUCAAAAAGUUAUUAUUAAAAAAAAGUUAUUAUUAUCAUUAUAAUAUGCAUAUAUGCAACACAUUGUUGAUCCGGGUAUUAUACACAUUUUAUUAUGUGCCCAAGGUUUUGCUCAUUUUGUCAGCAAUCAUCA